GUCCACUUCUCGCUAAAGUCUGGCAGUCCAUCGGUGUACCAGGUGGAUGAGAAGACGGGCGAGAUUUUCCUCAAAAAGCCGUUAUCGCAGGGCAAAUACGACAUUACGAUACAGGCCAAAGACGGAAGUGGUGGCACUAGCGAAGAACCGGCUCACAUUCACAUCUACGUGAUAGAUUCCGAUGCGAUGGCACCAUCGUUCACUCAGUCGAGCUAUGUGAUCAAAACCCCGGAAGACAUUCUGCCAGGAAUUUCGAUCGGAUCCGUUCUGGCUACUGGGCCUGGUACUAUACGAUAUAGCAUCUACUCCGGUGAUUUGGACCAUCAAUUCAUGAUUCAUCCAGAUACGGGUCGAAUUACGGUAGCAAGAUAUCUGGACGCCGACAAGAUCGAUCGUGUGGUACUGAAUGUGAAGGCUGAACUGUUGAACGGUGGCUCAAAUCACACGCAAGUGGUGAUCCUGAUAGAGGACCACAACGAUAAUCCUCCGAAAUUUCCGAUCGAUAUGUUGGAGAUUACGGUAAGCGAGAAUCAACCGCCACACGAGCCGUUCUAUAUCGUCCAAGCUACGGAUAAGGACAAGAGGAAGAAUGGAGCAAUAGUGUACUCAAUACUGUCUUCUCAUCCUCCAUGUCCUGUGAUGGUUCAGCCGCUAACCGGUCAACUCCAGCUCACCGAAUCACUCGAUUUUGAGAAAACCAAGGAUUACCGUAUCCGGGUCAAGGCUCAAGACCAGGGAAUACCACCGCGUUCGGCGAACAUGACCCUCAUUCUGCAUGUAUCCGACUUCAAUGAUAAUGCGCCGGUGUUCGACAGCCCGACUUAUGAGGUUGAGGUACCUGAGAACUCGCCAUUGAUGACAGCUGUUGUGAAAGUGAAAGCAAGGGAUGCUGACUCGAGGGAGAACGGGAAAGUGCUCUACAGGAUUACCAAUGGAUCAAGCGCGUUUGGUAUCGAUGAGAAGAGCGGUGUGAUUUAUACCAAUGAGAGCAUUGAUCGUGAAGUUCAAAGUGUAUACACUGUUACUGUGACGGCACAAGAUCAAGGAGAGCCACCGCUUUCCACCUCCGCAGUGGUUCACAUUCAUAUCGCUGAUGUCAACGACAAUGCUCCGUCGUGUACCUCGGUGACGUCAAUGCUGGUGCCAUUCGACUCUGCACCGUUCACAACUGUCGGCACUGUGGUGAUCAGCGAUCCUGAUAACGGUUCAAAUGGUACGGUAGUCUACCGUAGCCAGCAAUCUCAUCCGCUCUUCGUCGUCAAAAGCAAUGGCGAUGUACAGCUCCGUCGUGCUCUGGCCGACUCCGAUCCCACAGAUGUUCGCCUGUCGAUCAUCGCUUCCGAUCAGGGCGUGCCACGAAAGUCUACAGUGUGCCAUGUGCAGAUAAAGAUCGGUCGCGGCUCGUCCACACGUAAAAAUCAUCGAGCCGUUCGAGCGUCAACCGCCUCCCUGGUCGCUUUCACUGAUCCUCUCGGACAAGGACGGAGACGCCAGAAACAUUUCUCGAUCCGAGUACUGGAGCCGAAUUCGAUUGCACCUGCUGAUCCUGUGAAGCUGUCUCCAUUGCUGCCUAUUGGUUCAAAAGUUGCCAGUUUGGCUUCGAAAACCAAGUCGAAGAAUGGCCCACCCUACUAUUAUACGCUGAAAAAUGAGUCCGAUCUGUUCGAACUCGAUCAAUCCACCGGAGAGAUCUAUUUGAUGAGGAAAAUUCGUGAUCUAGGCCGGACAGCAGCUAUCGAUCCCCUAUAA